UCUCUCUCUCUCGCUUUUCCCAUCUCUUGCUUCUGGACUGCCGGGGAAAUUGGAAGAACAUUAAUAUAUUUAUCAUUCCUUUUCUCAGUUCCAAGUACUGGUCUUUCUGCAGCUUGGAGAUAACGCAGGUUGUGAGCUAUAGGUAAGAUAGAGGAUGCCCUCGCUUCAAACAGCUUUGCCUCCUGAGCUGGCCAAUAAUGUUAUCCGUCUUUAUCGCGAAUGCCUCCGGCGAGCUAAAUAUAUUGGGCACAAGCAACACAACACUGAACUUUUAGUUGGCAUGGUGAGGCAGCAAUUCAAGAAGCAUAUGCAUGAGACAGAUCCAGAUAAAAUUCAAAAGUUGAAAGAUGAUGCUGCAAGGGGACUGAUAAAUCACAUAAUCUACGAAUCGGAGCAGAUGACUGGAAGGAAAUUCAGCAAGAGCUUUUGAAAUAGCUCUCUGAUAGUUAAUAGUCUUGUUGGACUUCCUUAAAGCAAGCUAUUGAACUUCUUGUUGUAGUGAAUAAACGGACACUGGUGCUUCGUGGUUUGAAUUAAUUUUAAAAAUCAACUGAAAUCAUUUAAAUUAACAA